AUGUCCCCAGCCGACCCAACCCCAACCCUCGCCGUCCACGGCUCCACCUCCUCCCCCAAAGGCCGCUCCCUCCACACAACCACCUCCGUCUCCCCAUCCACCCGCCUGGCAACCUAUACCUCCCCGCUCCUCGCCCUUCCGACGGCCGCGACCUCCCUCCAAACCUGCCACCACUGCCUGCGCACCCCUCCCGCCGUGCACCCAUGCUCGGCCUGCCGUGCCGUGUCCUACUGCUCCAAGACGUGCCAGCGCGCGUCGUGGAAGCUCGUGCACAAGGCCGAGUGUGCCGCCUUGAAGAACGUACCGGCGGGGAGGGAGCUGCCGACGCCCGUAAGGGCGUUGUUGCAGGUCGUCGUGAGGAAAGAGGUUUGGGGGGCUGUUGUGGGAGGGUUGGUUGGGCAUGAGGGGGAGUUUAGGAGGGAUAGGGGAGGGAGGGUGUGGGGGGAUUUGAGGCUGCAGGGGGAGAUGGUGAGGAUGCUUUUGGGAGGGGAGAGGGAGUGGGUUGGGGGUGGGGAUGUGGUUGGGAAGUAUGCUGUUGCUAUGUGCAAGCUUUUGACAAACAUGUUUAAUGUACAUGAUCCUGAUCUGGGAUACGAUGCCGUCUUUCUUGACGGCGGACUGGCUAUGGUGAAUCAUUCUUGCGUGCCGAAUGCAAGCGCACACAUCUUUGGUCGGACCGCCAUUCUCGUGUCUGAGAGACCCAUCGAGGCAGACGAAGAAGUGACCAUCUCGUAUACCGAUCCCUCGUACCCUCUGGCUCAACGCAAACAAGACCUCGCCAAAUACCACUUCGAAUGCAAAUGUCCCCGCUGCGAAGACGACCUCAACAUCUACGACGCGACCCGCCUCCUCCACCCAGCCACCAUCAAAGCCAACGCCUUCAGCCUCAUUCAAGACCCUAACCUUCUCACCAACCCUUCACCCUCUUCUUCCCCCUUCCCCAAAGGAACAACCCUCCAAACCACCAUCCACAACGCCAUCGAAGACCUCCCGCAAAUGCCCUCCGACCAGCCCAAGGACCUCCCGCGCCUUCGCGCAGAAUACAAAAUCUGCUCCCCCUUGAUAAAGACCUCCCUCUGGGCCAUGCUUCCCCCAUCUUUCCUGACUGACUGCCUCACGUACUACCUCUCCCGAGAAGCUCACACUGAAUCCCUUCUCAUCACCUGUCUGGCAGCCUGUAGAAUCCAUCCCUUCACGCACCCUAACCCCGCCAAUCCCUACCGUUUAAAGGGGGCAUUGGCACUCUGCCGAGCGCUCUCGAACGCCACGGCCGACCGAUCCGUCUACGCCUCGAGCCUACGCGCCGUUUACACGCGGACGGAAAAGGUCGCCGCGAGCGGUGCGAGGGACGUCGAUGUUGACCUGCUGGUGGACCUGGACGCCGUAGCCACGGGGCGAAUGCUCUUCGAUAUGCUCGAGCACUACGUCCCCGUUACCCAGUUGGAUGAUUGGCCGCUUGCCGUCCAGGUUAGGGAGGGGCGGGAGGCCGUUCGGGGGAUUCCGUGGGGUUUGGAUGCUGCGUCGAGGAAGGUCAUGGAGCAGUGGGAGAGCAGGGAGGGUGGCGAUGAGGCUUGGUUGGGAAUUUGGAGGAGGAUGGUGGAUUUGUUGGAUGGGUUGGCGGAGUUGGGGGCAAGGAUGGUUGUGGCGGAUUUUGGAGAGUAA